AUGGCACCUCUUUCGUUGAACUUCAGAGACGAUAAGAAAUACAAGGGCCUCACAACGGUGUGGUUACUUUCUACAUUGGGAAAUUCGAUUGUGAGAGAAAAUAACAGCCUUUAUUCGAACAAAAGCAACUCCUCUGCAAACAUUUCAGCGUCUACUGUUAAGAAAAAGGAUAUYGUUAAUAUUUCCAUACCAAAGACAUGUGACGAGAUUCAAAAUUUUGAAAACGAUCUAUCACUCAGAUAUAUUUCCAACCUCCUUUAUGGGGUAACCAUAUGCUACAAUAAAAAAACAGAGUAUGUGUUAAAUGAUCUGAAUAUCCUGCUUGUCCAAUUACAAAAAAAUGAGGCGUAUGCCUUUAAGGCAAAAAAUAAAUCUACCAAAAUAAGUGGGCUGAAUAACAACAACAGCAUUAUUGGGAGCAAAAUUAAUAAUUAUGCUUGGGAAGAAGGUCUCUUUUUUGAUGAUGACCCCUUGUAUGAUAUUGCUAAAGUUCCCGCAUUGGAUUUUCUUGAUACCACUCUGCAAAACAACGUAUCCUUUGUUGAAGAAGCUAAAUCAAUAAGAAGACAAGACUAUAUAAACGAAUUAAGCAAUUCUAACAGGUUUGAACUCCAUACAGACAAAACUAAUUCAGACGGGCAACGCAAACUAGGGUCUAACUAUAAAAAUUCAUUUUCUCUGGACGAGAUUCCUAUUGAUGUGGAUUUUAACUUAGACUUGGAGGAUAUAGUGAGUCACCAAGGGACACCCCUGGGUUCUCAUUCAAGUUCCCAGAAGGAAGGUAAUGAUUUUAAGUUUAAUUAUGAAGGCGAUGAGUUAGUGCUAAAUUUUGACAAUGAUGAGAACAAUGCCAACGAAAAUGAACAAACGCCAAUUGAAAACGAAAGAACCGUAGCUAACCUCAAAAACUACGAACUGGGUUUAGAAGAGCACGAAUCUGAAGAUGAAAACAACAACGAAAAAAAUGAAGCGGACAUUAAAGUACAAGUGAGGCAACGUGCCGGGAACGUCAGCUCAUUGUCCAAAGUACAAUUUGAUGCGAAAACAAGUUACCCAAAUGAAAUUCUCAAAUUUAACCAUGGGAAUUACAGUAACUUAAUGGAGCAAACUAAAAAAAGAAAAUCGAGCGCCCAAAUUACAUCCCAUUCUAAUAUAACUAGUUUGCUAAGAUCAAACGGAGAAUCUGACUUUACUUCUUCAAAUUGGAUAAAUCUCUUUAACGAUUUUUCUGGUUUGAAGAUUGGAGAGUUAGAUUCGAAUGGUCAAGAUUUUGCCACAAUCGAGAGGGGAAGAAAAAGAGCACAUUCUUUAGUGUCAACUCAAAGUUCGAAUAGUGUCAGAAGCAAUGAGUAUGGCAGGAAAAGUUUCCGGAAUAAUAAGAACGACAAUUAUUCUUCUGAUUUGGAGAACGAUAACAUGCUAUUGAAUCUAGAACAAAUCAAUGAAGACCUAGAAGAUCGACACUACAUUGAAGAAAACUCUCAAGAAAAUGUCUUAGAUUUCAACUUGAACUUACCUCCUUCGAGUUUUGGAAGAAGCCAUACAAGAAACUCAACCAGAUCUAGUGGUUUCAACGACGACAUAGUUGGUGCACUUAGGCGAAGAAUUGUACCCUCUGAGCAGAAUUUUGCCGAGGAAAGCGAUUCCAGCGACAAAUAUCACUCCGACAGUACUCAGCAGAAUCCACAUCACGGGGAGAGAAACUUUCAAGAUGUAAUCCUGGAUUAUCAAACAAGGAAGUUUUAUGAUUAUAUUAAAGAGAGGUCGGUUGCCAUCGGUAGAACAACACAUUCGAAUCCACCAUUCGGGAAAAAAGUGCUAUUGGUUGACAUCAUUCCAAGCCGCAUGGGCGAAACCCAACCCGGAUCCAACUCUGAUAACUCGGAAAAAGGCGUGAGCAGGCAAAUAGCCGCCAGCGCCUUCCUAUCCUUGCUGAACCUGGCUACAAAAGGAAUGGUCAAAUUGGAUGAGUAUCCGGCUUCGGAAACGGCUGUUGAAGAGUUUAAGCUGAGAAGAGAAGACGAAAUUAUCAUAUAUGCCUGA